UCCCUGUCCCUGCUCAUACUGUCAUACACACCACAUGCAUGUCUCCCAGCUUAUCCAAAGCCUCUUUUUUUUUGACUAAUCAGCUGGACAUAAACAAUUUGAGUCAGACUAAAGCAAGCCCAAAACCAACUCUGUUCCAAUCGAGCAUCGAUCGCACAAGUCACCCAAACUUGCGGAAAAACUGAUUGCAUGCCCGCCACUUUUUUCAACAGAUGAUUUUUGCGGCCACCAUAUAAUCUCGCGCCUCAAAUGUUUGUUGAAUAAUCCCACGCGUCCAACAACUGAAUGCUCGUCUACAUUUCUUGGCCAUGGACCUCGAGCGUGGCAGCAAGACGCCGCCGUCCUCUGCACCGGCUGCCGCGGCGGCGACAACGACGACGUCGACCUGCUGCAGUAAUAAGCGGCCGCAGCUGAGGGACAGGCUCGUCGCGCUGCAGCCGGUGGUGCUGCGCGCGGCGGCGACCCUGGCCACGGCGGUGGCGGCCGCGGUGAUGGCGCUCAACGCCCAGUCCUACACCGCCGUGGUCGCCAUCGUCGGCACCAGGCCGCUCACGCAGACCUUCACGACGAAGUUCAGGGACACGCCUGCGUUCGUGUACUUCGUCAUAGCCAAUGCCAUUGCUGCCGUGUAUAACCUCGUGAUGCUGCUCUUCCGCUGCCUAAUUCUGCGGCGGAGGAUGGCAGGUUUGGUUGUGCACAUGCUCGACAUGGUGAUCAUGGCUCUGUUGGCGACCGGUGCCGCCACAGCGGCGGCGAUGGCGGAGCUAGGCAAGAACGGCAACGUGCACGCGCGGUGGAACCCGAUAUGCGACAGGUUUGGCUCCUUCUGCAGCCGCGGAGGCGUCGCGCUGGCGUCGUCGUUCACCGGCGUCGCGCUCAUGCUGGCACUGAACCUGCUUUCAGCUGCAUCCAAUGCUCAAUGCUCCCCGGGCCAAUAUGAGUAGUCCGUGUCUCAGACAGCUCAUCCACAACAAUGCGCUGAUUCGGCUCACUCACUCUGGUGAUCAUUGAUCAAGGCACACAACUGUGAAUUAACCUCUCUCUGAUGCACAUGUGGGGGAGCUGAAUCACAGCAUGGAGUGCUGCCAAAUUUGAUGUCAAAAAUUGUUCCAUUUUGCUUGGUUUGAAAUGGGUGUACCAAGAGUACACAAGUACAUAACUGCAGUUGGUUAUGGGAUCUUUAGUUAGGCCAAUUCUUACAUAUAAAAAAUAGUACUUUGUUUUUGGAGUACAAUUUUCGUUCUAAGUUGUAACUAGCUGUGUGAAUGAGUAUCCCCACGCUGCAGGCUACGAAGAGCAGUGCCAGAAUGAGAGGUGGGAUCCAUGUAAUUUUUUGGGCAUCGCUAUGACAUUGUGGAGGGCCUCGCCAAACCGAAGAACUUUUUACCA